GACAAACCUCCUAGUUUGACUCGCACAGUCGCACUUCACACUUGGCACUGCUAACAAGAAACUUAAAGCAACCUCACCCCUCUGCAUUUCUGUUCUCAUUAGCUCAUUAUCAUUUGCAGCUAUUUUUGUCUUCCAUGUAAAAACAGAAGCAUCGAUACAAAAUAUAUAUAUAACUGAUAUAACUGGAGGCCGUGAAGCUGCUAAGCUCGUUAGCUUUAACUUGAUGGCUAGCUCUGGGUCACGGUGUCCGCCGUUUGACUUUUCCGGCAAGUACUACGACGUCGUGUCUGGAGAUGGCUGUGGGAGGCAAAGCAGCUUCUUUGAAGGGAAGGCAGUCCUCAAUCAGAGCGUUGGAUAUUCUGUUAUUCUUGGCUUUGGAGCCUUCUUUGCUGUCUUCACAUCUUUCCUGGUAUGGCUGGAGAAGCGGUAUGUUGGUUCGAAACACACAUCCGAAUGGUUCAACACUGCCGGAAGAAAUGUUAAAACAGGGCUUAUAGCUAGUGUGAUUGUAUCUCAGUGGACCUGGGCAGCUACAAUUUUGCAAAGUUCAAAUGUUGCUUGGCAGUAUGGAGUAAGUGGCCCUUUCUGGUAUGCUAGCGGAGCGACUAUUCAGGUACUCUUGUUUGGUGUAAUGGCUAUAGAGAUCAAGAGAAAGGCUCCUCAUGCUCACACUGUAUGCGAAAUUGUAAAAGCUCGCUGGGGCACGGCCGCACACAUAGUCUUCCUCAGUUUCUGCUUUUUGACAAAUAUUAUUGUAACGGCAAUGCUGCUGCUUGGUGGUUCUGCUGUUGUAAAUGCACUUACCGGAGUAAACAUCUAUGCUGCUAGCUUCCUGAUACCUCUUGGUGUAAUUGUGUACACUUUAGCUGGAGGUCUAAAAGCCACAUUCUUGGCAAGCUAUAUACAUUCUGUUAUAGUUCAUGUGGUCCUAGUCAUAUUUGUAUACCUUGUAUAUACGGCAAGCAAUGAGCUCGGUAGCCCCAGAGUUGUCUACGACCAUCUGGUAGAGGUAGCAAGUAAAUCAAGAAUCUGUCAGGAGCCAAUUUCUCAUCCUGGGCAGUCUUGUGGUCCUGUUGGUGGGAAUUACAAAGGGUCUUACCUAACAAUGCUGAGUUCCGGAGGGCUAGUCUUCGGGAUUAUCAACAUUGUUGGAAACUUUGGCACUGUUUUUGUUGACAAUGGAUAUUGGGUAAGCGCCAUAGCUGCACGGCCGUCAUCAACUCACAAGGGUUACUUGUUAGGUGGGCUUGUCUGGUUUGCAGUCCCAUUCUCUUUGGCAACAUCACUAGGUCUGGGAGCACUGGCCCUUGACUUACCCAUAACAGCAAGUGAAGCAAGUCGUGGUCUUGUUCCUCCUGCCACAGCUAUAGCUUUGAUGGGAAAAGGAGGAUCAGUUCUUCUUCUUACUAUGCUCUUCAUGGCAGUGACAUCUGCUGGUUCUUCAGAGCUUAUAGCAGUAUCCUCAUUAUGUACAUAUGAUAUCUACCGCACAUACAUAGAUCCAGAUGCAACUGGAAAGACAAUCCUCAAGGUAUCUAGGGCUGUCAUCCUUGGUUUCGGAUGCUUUAUGGGGUUGUUAGCAGUGAUACUAAACAAGGCAGGAGUUUCAUUGGGUUGGAUGUAUCUAGCAAUGGGAGUGCUCAUUGGCUCAGCAGUACUCCCCAUUGCUUUUAUGCUUCUAUGGAGAAAGGCAAAUGCAAUUGGAGCAAUUCUAGGAGCAACCAUUGGUUGUCUUCUUGGGAUCAUCACUUGGCUAUCGGUUGCGAAAAUUGAGUAUGGCCGAGUGAAUCUUGACACAACAGGCAGGAAUGCACCAAUGCUUGCUGGAAACCUUGUCUCUAUACUUACCGGUGGUGCUAUACAUGCUAUCUGUAGCUUUGUGUCACCGCAAAACUACGAUUGGGGCACCACUAAGCAGAUCACAGUGGUUGAGAAGGAAAAGAGUGAGCUGCCAGCGGAAGAGUACAGGGAGGAGAAAUUAUUGAGAGCAAAAGCAUGGAUAGUGAAAUGGGGUGUUGGAUUUACUUUUGUGAUUGUUUUGUUGUGGCCUCUUCUAAGUCUUCCAGCAGGGGAUUUCAGUAUAGGGUACUUCACAUUCUGGGCAGUGAUUGCAAUAGCAUGGGGUACAAUUGGUUCCAUUGCCAUCAUUGCUUUACCGGUAUUUGAGAGCUGGGAAACGAUCCAGAGUGUCCUUCUGGGCAUGUUUACAAAUGACAGGCUCAUGGAAAAGGUUGAAGAAAUGAACUUGAGGAUGCGCACAAUCAUGUUGGCUAUACCAGAAGCAGAGAGAAUUUACUUGCUUGAGAAGGAGAAGGCUAAGAAGAAAGAACCAUUAGAGCAAGUGCAACCAUAAGAGUUGGUCAGUGGUUGAAGAAGCAUAUGAUAGUUACAACAGAAUUUUCUUUUCUGGGUAUAAUGCUUGGGCAUCAAGGGUAUGCAACCAGGGUCAAUUCUUGAGCCUCUAACCCAUGUCCAUAUUUGUCAAUCAUAUAUGUAUAUAAUAACUGUAUAAUGUAUAAUCAAGCAGUGAUUCAUGAAUGCAUUUUAGAAUUUGAUUCAGUACA